AUGUCGGGAAUUGAGGUCGUCGGCCUUGUCUUAGGCAUUCUGCCCUUGGCCGCGAAGGCCUUGCAGAGUUAUCUGGGCUUUGUAUCCUCUGUACGCAAGGUUGACAGUGACCUCCACAACCUGCUCCAGGAUCUUAAAGUCGAGGACACGCGACUGCGAAAUAGUUGCCGACAACUACUCAACGACAUCAUCCCUUUCGACAGUAGUGAGGGUGGAGUUGGAGCAAAUCCCUUUUCACCGGAAUUGAGUUUGACAGUUCGCAACAAGCUGAGACUCAAGCUCUAUGACUCAUACCCCAUGUUUGAGCAGACAAUGACAGACAUGCAAGCGGUGGCAGCGGACUUGAGGCUGAAGCUGUCUUUGCAAGAAAAUGGCACGGCAGUAUUGAAAGAUAAGAAGUCGAUUAUCAGGCAACUGAAAGCGAAGACCGGAUUCACACUAAGAAAGAAGGACUAUGACGCCACAAUGUUGCGACUGAAGUCGGCCAAUGCUUUCCUCGAAACGCUUACCAGUGCCGGUACGGGACAGUAUACCAGCAACAAGCGGCGGUCUGACUAUCGGGUUAUAAGCCUCCUUCGCAAGCUCGUUAAGAGUCUGUUCAACGCUUUGCAAAACGCUGCCACCGAUUGUCGUUGUCCAGUGUCUCACAACGCUUGUCUCGAGCUUGUGGCCCGUAACUUGGUCUUCAUCCACAACACAGAUAUUGAGGAACAGGUAGCCAAGGACAUCGACUUCCAUGUUACUUUAAGUUCAGGUGGCUCUGACCUAACCCAGGAGCGAUUGCAGUUGUGGCCACGUUGGACCAGUUUUCGGCUUCAAUGCGGCGAUCCUGGCGCUCCUCCACCACCUGCUAUACCCCCCAAAUCCACCACCGCGUUUCCAUGUCCACAGGUCAAAUCUCAAACGUUCAACGAUGAACUCGGAGCCCUCUCCCCGGCAGUCAAAUGGGCGACGGAACUACUCUCGUCUAAAAUUUCGGGGCAGUCAAAGAAGAGGCCCAAAAGGGUAUCUUUUGCGCCGGUUUCACAGAGCGCAGCACAUACCCUUAUAGAGGUUUCAAUGGCAAGCCUAGCCGGGCUUUCAUUGUCAGGUAAACCUGAGCGUCAAACCACCGAUAUCGACGUGGAGCUUACCUCCAUGUUGAAGAUUUGCCAACUCUCCACACACAACAAAGGAAAGAAGCGAGCUCUUGUCCAAGACGAUUUAUCCCAUGGGUGCAUCAUAGACGCUGCUGGACCUCGCACAUUUCGACUUUAUCCGCCGCGUUGGAAAUCCGGCGGUCAGUUUCGGACCCACCCGGACAACUCAGAAUUUACGACAUCGUUCACACUUCGGCAGCUACUCGACCAAGACUUGCAAGGGCCGACGGGCGGACUCUUCCGUCUGGAGGGCCCACUUAUGAAGCUGCGCAUCUCACAUGCCAUCGCGGCCAGUCUCCUAUACAUCUACGACACUCCAUGGCUGUCACAGAUUCUCACCCUUGAUAGCAUUGUCUUCUUCCUAGACGACAACUCCCACGUCCAACUGGAUCAACUCCAGCCGUUCCGCUACCGCUAAGUUACCCUGUGUCGUGCUCUCGACCCCUGGAUGCGAUCCCUUUCUCCCUCGCCCUCAUACUUAUCCAGCUCAUGCUUGAAUGUGUCGACGAUCGGAUUGACUUAGCAAAGAUUUGCGCACCUACGCCAAGCGGCGAAAACGUGCUAACAUUUUCUACCAUCCAGAACUUACAUAUGUAUACAAUUCCCUUCCUGUACAAGCUCACUGAGGGAAGUAGUACCUACUUUGAGAAUGCUGUGAAAUGGUGUCUUGAGAGCUAUAGGGGUACCCGAGGGUUUUUUGAUGAGUCGUUUUGUCACGCAUUUAGAACUGAAGUGGUUGACGUACUGGAACAGGAGGUUAAUGUACUAGAAAAGUGGGAAAAGGUACAAUCGUUUUAGCAGACGGGCAGCACGGGGGUACCCAUGGACAUAGACGCAUAGAUACCUCUGGGCAGAAAGGAGGUAUGUACGCUAUCUACAAUCAAGGUAGUCUCCUUAGAUAUACACAAAAGAACACCGCCACCACUGUC